UCAACACCACUCCGCGUUGAUGAGCACGUUUUGAUGUUGAACUGUUUUGUGAUAUGCUUAAAGUUAUGACCAACGAAUUACUAAACAAACGUAUGUUUAUUAUUGAUACUUGGUAUUAAGUAUACUGUUGUAAUUAUUUCACAACGAUUCAAUUUUCUCGCGUGAUAUCUAAGUGCAAUGAAAAUCAUGAGGAGACCAAACAUUCUUCUCACAGGAACCCCUGGAGUUGGAAAGACCACAUUAGGAAAAGAGCUUGCUCAGAGGACAGGAUUAAGCUAUAUCAAUGUUGGAGAUUUGGCACAGGAGGCUCAGUUAUUUGAUGGUUUCGAUGAUGAAUACCAGUGCCCUAUAUUGGAUGAGGACAGGGUUGUGGAUGAGCUGGAGGACAAACUAGGAGAUGGAGGCGUCAUAAUCGAUUACCAUGGCUGUGAUUUCUUUCCUGAACGUUGGUUUCACAUUGUUUUUGUCCUCCGCACAGACAACACCAAUCUUUACAAUCGUCUUGAAAGCAGAGGAUACACGGGGAAGAAGCUCCAGGACAAUAUACAGUGUGAGAUUUUCCAGACAAUUUACGAAGAAGCCAUGGAAGCCUACAAAGAGGAGAUAGUCCACCAGCUCCACAGUAAUACACCUGAAGACCUCGAGACAAAUCUGGAACAAAUUAUUCAGUGGAUUGAACAGUGGAUGAAAGACAACAAUUAAAAUGGGACACUAAAUGUGACGAUGUCACACAAAAUUUCAAAGCUAUAUCGGCACCAGUCAGUUGAUGGUUCUGUUUAGUUACUGAAAGAAUGUGGAGUUGUUAAAAUAAAAUAAAAUGAAAUGACACUUUUCCAUAAUAAAUGGAAUAAAUAAAUAUUUUUAUAGAUUAGUGAAAGAGUUUCUUGAAUGAGUUUCCCAAAUUCAAUUUUGUUGACUUUAGUUUUAUUGAUCUUUACAUGUGACCCUGGAUCACAAAACCAGUCUUAAGUAGCCAGGAACAUUUUUAGUAAAAGACAAAAAUACAUUGAAUGGUUCAAAAUUAUCGAUUUUUCUUUUAUGGCAAACAUCAUUAGGAUAUUAAGUAUAGAUCAUGUUCCAUGAAAAUAUUUUGUGAAUUUUCUACCUUAAAUAUACAAAAACUUGAUUUUUGUAAAUGGAUGGCCAGCCACAGUGCCCGUGAUUAACAACUUCAAAGGCAAUUUUCGCACUCUCAGAUUCCUGAGUUUUAAACAGUUGUAUCUCAACCAUAUAUUGUCCUAUUCUAAAAACUCGCAUAUAAAUAGAAAUCUUAUUUAUUCAGCUUUCAGAUCAUGUAAAAAUCUCAAAUUCCAAAAAUUGACCAUUAAAUCUGGUUUUGUUGUCCAGGAUCACACAUGUGUUUUACAAAGAUCACAUUGUUUAGUUGAAAUGACAGCAACAUUUUGCAUCUGCAUUACUGUUAGUAAUUGGUAGGUUCUAACCUUAUUAAUAAAAAAUGUCAAAUUACA